UUUUUAAAACUCUAACGUGAUUUAUAUAAUCGCAGCCGUCGAUGGAGAUGACUUCAUGGCCCAAGAUCUCUGCAUACAGAACACCGCCGGACCGGAUAAGGGACCAGCAGUUGCACUUCGAGUUAGCGGGGAUCAAGUAAUCAUCUACCGUUGCCAUAUUGAAGCGAAUCAAGACACAUUGUAUGCCCACUCAAAGAAACAGUUCUACCGUGAUUGCUACAUCACGGGCACGGUGGACUUCAUCUGCGGUCAAGCUUCGGCGGUAUUCCAAUACUGUCAGAUUGAGCCUCGGAAACCAAUCCAAGGACAGAGCAAUGUCAUAACUGCUCAAUCUCGUGAUAGCCAGAAAUGUAACAUAACGGCUAGUAAAGAUCUUGCUCCGGUAAAAAGAAUGGUAAAUUCAUUUCUUGGACGACCGUGGGGUGUAUUAUCAAGAGUGGUCUUUAUGGAGUCAUUCAUUGAUGAUUUUAUCGAUCCUGUGGGUUGGAUCCCAUGGGACAAUGACCUUAGCCGCCUAUCUACUCUCUAUUAUGGAGAAUAUGAAAACAACGGCCCUGGAGCUGAUGCAAAGAAGCGAGUGACAUGGAAGGGAUUUAGAAAGAUAACUGAUCCCAAGGAAGCAGCUAAUUUCACCAUAGGAAGGCUUCUUGAUGGAGAUGUGUGGUUGAAACCAACCGGAGUACCUUAUGAAUUAGGUCUUUAGUAAUUACAUUGUCUUAUGUGAUGUUGUCGACAAUGUAUUAAUUAACGUAAAACCUACUUUAUAUAAAGAAUGUUAUCUAUUAUGAACAAAAAAUAUGU